ACAAAGCCAGAAAAAGAAUGUACUGAAAUCCCUUCUGAGGCCUUUGUGUAUCGUACAUUAAUCCUUUACAUGUCUCUGUUAGAUAUAUACAUAUAUAUAUAUACAAUUUUUUUUUUUUGAGACGUUGUCUCGCUCUGUCGCCCAGGCUGGAGUGCAGUGGCGCCAUCUCCGUUCACUGCAAGCUCCGCCUCCCGGGUUCACGCCAUUCUCCUGCCUCAGCCUCCCCAAUAGCUGGGACCACAGGCGCCCGCCGCCACGCCCGGCUAAUUUUGUUUUUGUAUUUUUAGUAGGGACGGGGUUUCACCGUGUUAGCCAGGAUGGUCUCGAUCUCCUGACCUAGUAAUCUGCCCGCCUCGGCCUCCCAAAAGAGCUGGGAUUACAGGCAUGAAUUUUUUUAACAAGCAAUUUCAUAUACAUCUUCUCAAGCACCACUCAAGCUGCCUGUCCACGGGGCAGACGACCUCUCCUUUAGUCUUUCUCUUGAAUAUGCUCUUCAAUUUCAUUAAUCUCUAUUCAUGAGUAUAACAAUAUUGGAAAAAUUGGACAGAGUAUCACUUGUUCCUCGCUUUGCAGACUAGAGAUGCUUCUAGUCUCUGUUGGCACACUCAGGAUGGGGGCUACGGGAAGCCCAAGAAUUCAGCCUCUCUCUCUAAAUGUCAAGUGUUUUCGAGUAACCACAGGUCAGGGAUCCCAUAUGUUCAUUCUCCCUCCACAGUGGCCCACAAUAUCCAUCGGGUGUUUAUGUAUCCAAAGAAGAGGCUACUCAUUCCAUCUGGUAAACCAACAUACUCAUGAUUUAGUGGAAAGAGCCCUGGAGUAGCACAGAGGGCUGCCUCAAUACACACUUACUGAGCGUCUAAUAAUGAAUGGGUCAAGCCUUUCGUAGGCACUGGCAAUGGGAAGAUGACCAAUACAGACGGCUGAACCUUGCUUUCAAGGCCUUCAUAAAGCACUGGAGAUGACAAACACGGUCCGAUACAAAGGGUCGGGUUCAGGACUCCAACCAUUAUUAUCAAAGAGCCACGGGAAUACAAAGGAAGGAUUACUAGGGGGGAAGUUCCAGGAGGGCAUCACAAAGAGACCUCUGAGCUGGAUCCAGAAGGACAGAUGAGUUUAAGCUGAAAGUGAGGACGAUCGUUCCCGCUGGUGGGAACCGAAGGAGCCGAGGCAGCGCUGGGGCGGAGACCAGGUGGCACCCGCGGCGCUGCAAGGACACACAAGCUGUUGCGAGGGGGUCAACUCUCCGGGCCUUGGCUUAGAAACCUGGGACGAUUACACCCUAAAAGCGCUUGGAAAAACUGCAGAACUCGUGCUGCUUUUCGCCAAAGCUACUCCCCCGCCGUGAGGGCAGGAAGCGCUGCGAGGCGCCUGCGAGGACGCAAACGCCGCGAAGCAAGUCCUCCACGCCUCCAUCCAAGGUUUAGUGAAGUGUAGACUCUGACCCACAGCCGAAAGGAAAGAAAGACCGGAGUCCGGGAGGGCCCCUCCAGGGGCGGGCUCAGCCGGAGUCUGGCCGAACUGCUUGCUGCCACAGUGGUUCCGCGGCCUCGCGCUGAGCGCCAUCCGCCGUCUCCCACCGCGGCCCCCACCGCCCCUCCGCAAGGCUCGGCACUUCCCGCCACCUCCUCGGUCGCUGCGGCGGCUCCGGCUCCUCACAGCCGCUAAACCCAGGCCUAUCCUGCGUUAAGUCGGGCCUCCUCGGCCCUCUUCGCCGUGACGAAUCAGCGCCCGGCUGGGAAAGUAUCAAAAUUCGGGGAGUUUUGAGGAUCCAAUGGGUCCUGAAAAAAAUCCCUGAGUGUGCUAAGUAUCACCGCAUCUUCAAUAGAAGGUUAUUUUCUCUAAAGAGGGUCGGGUGGGGCCCGGGAAAAAAAAAAAAUUAAGAAGAGUGUGGAAAGUGCGAGUGCGGAAGCUCCGGACGCGAGGGGCGGGGCGUGCGCGGGACAAAGGGAAGCGAAGCCGGAGCUGCGGGCGCUUUUUCUGCCCGCGGUGUCUCAGAUUCAUUCUUAAGGAACUGAGAACUUAAUCUUCCAAAAUGUCAAAAAGACCAUCUUAUGCCCCACCUCCCACCCCAGCUCCUGCAACACAAAUGCCCAGCACACCAGGGUUUGUGGGAUACAAUCCAUACAGUCAUCUCGCCUACAACAACUACAGGCUGGGAGGGAACCCGGGCACCAACAGCCGGGUCACGGCAUCCUCUGGUAUCACGAUUCCAAAACCCCCAAAGCCACCAGAUAAGCCGCUGAUGCCCUACAUGAGGUACAGCAGAAAGGUCUGGGACCAAGUAAAGGCUUCCAACCCUGACCUAAAGUUGUGGGAGAUUGGCAAGAUUAUUGGUGGCAUGUGGCGAGAUCUCACUGAUGAAGAAAAACAAGAAUAUUUAAACGAAUACGAAGCAGAAAAGAUAGAGUACAAUGAAUCUAUGAAGGCCUAUCAUAAUUCCCCCGCGUACCUUGCUUACAUAAAUGCAAAAAGUCGUGCAGAAGCUGCUUUAGAGGAAGAAAGUCGACAGAGACAAUCUCGCAUGGAGAAAGGAGAACCGUACAUGAGCAUUCAGCCUGCUGAAGAUCCAGAUGAUUAUGAUGAUGGCUUUUCAAUGAAGCAUACAGCCACCGCCCGUUUCCAGAGAAACCACCGCCUCAUCAGUGAAAUUCUUAGUGAGAGUGUGGUGCCAGACGUUCGGUCAGUUGUCACAACAGCUAGAAUGCAGGUCCUCAAACGGCAGGUCCAGUCCUUAAUGGUUCAUCAGCGAAAACUAGAAGCUGAACUUCUUCAAAUAGAGGAACGACACCAGGAGAAGAAGAGGAAAUUCCUGGAAAGCACAGAUUCAUUUAACAAUGAACUUAAAAGGUUGUGUGGUCUGAAAGUAGAAGUGGAUAUGGAGAAAAUUGCAGCUGAGAUUGCACAGGCAGAGGAACAGGCCCGCAAAAGGCAGGAGGAAAGGGAGAAGGAGGCCGCAGAGCAAGCUGAGCGCAGUCAGAGCAGCAUCAUUCCUGAGGAAGAACAAGCAGCCAACAAAGGCGAGGAGAAGAAAGACGACGAGAACAUUCCGAUGGAGACAGAAAAAAAUUGCCAGCUCUGUCCUAGAAAAACCCUUACUUCUAGGUAUACUGAUUUUCCUGAUUAAAAGCAUCCCUCAAGGUAAAAAAAAAUAAAAAUAACUUGUAUAAAUAAAACUUACAUAAAGUACUGAUUACAUUGAUCGUCACUUGUGAUUUUGAGAUCACCUUACCUCAUAGCACUGUUUUAACACUGCCUAGUACACUGUGUAAACAGGACUAAGCUAAAAGUAGUUAUGGAAAACAAAACCAAAGGCUUCCUGGAGCAUCGUUGCAAGAAGUGGGAGGGACAGUAGUCAUACUUGGUACUCAGAUGACAACCUCUGAGUGUCAUACUUUGUACUCAAAUGACAACCAUCUGGAAAACAUGUAAUGGAAUAUAGAUAUCUUUACCAGGUAUUUCUGCAAAAUUUAAUCCAGCAGAUUAACAUUUGAAAUAGUCAUAUUUUAAGUUUCAGUAUCUGAGUCUCUUUCUGUUUUGUAUGAAUGUGUUUUUUAUUGUAAUGAAUUUGGAGCAUGAGCACAUUUUUGUGGUUAAAAUGAGCUUGAAAAUUAAAAUAACUGAUUUUUGCUAAUUUUGCAACUAGACGAACACUCAGUCCUUUGCCUCUGUUUUGGCAUCUAUGAAUGGGGCAUGUCUUAUGCUUAAGGUUUGCAGGUCUUUACUCAGAUUCUGUCCUAGUUCAAGGAAAAAACCUGAAGAAAAUCGUUUGAGACUAUUAGAGCUAAAACCUCAUGCUUUUAAUUUCUUACAGGAAACAGCCCAGCAUGACUUUAAACAAAGUGUCUAAAAGACCAACCUUAUAUUAUUUCUACAACUGCUUUCUCCUCGUUUAAUCCAUAGCACUACAGACUAACUCUCAUUCACUGUCCAACAGAAAUAAAAUGCAAGUCACGUGAAAUUUUAUAUUUUCUACUAGUGACAUAUUUUUAAAAGUUAAGCAAAACAAGUGUUUUAACAAUAUGUUUUAUUUAAUUCAACAUAUCCUAAAUAAAAUUAUUUCAACACAGAAGGAACAUUUUUAAAAUCAGCUUUCCUUUUUUUAAACAGUCUUUAUACACAUCUCAAUUCAGAAGCUAAAUUUUCAUCGGAAGUAUUUGAUCUGCAUUUAUUUAAUAAAUUUCAUUCAUUUACAGCUAAAAAGUAGAUUUUCAUACCCAAAUUGUUCCAACAUUCUUAAAAGUUCUUUAGUCACACUGGUUCAUUUCAGGGAUUUAAUAACCACAUGUGGCUAGUGGCUUCUAUAUUGGACAGCACAGCUGUAUACUGUCAGCAUAACUAGAGUAAAAUUUCAUCUUGGAACUGACAGUGACAAAUGUGUGAUUGCAGAGGAGACACACCUUGAAGAAACAACAGAGAGCCAACAGAAUGGUGAAGAAGGCACGUCUACUCCUGAGGACAAGGAGAGUGGGCAGGAGGGGGUCGACAGUAUGGCAGAGGAAGGAACCAGUGAUAGUAACACUGGCUCGGAGAGCAACAGUGCAACAGUGGAGGAGCCACCAACAGAUCCCGUACCAGAAGAUGAGAAAAAAGAAUAAGUGUUGCCUUGUUUUGUGUGUUCUAAAUACUUUUUUAAAUGAAAAAAUGUUUUUUGGUUUUAA